CGAGAGCUCAGUUUAAUUCCGAACGCUGUGCAGAACGCAUAACAGAACGCUUAUUUGGAGAUACGAGUACGAAUGUGCCCCAGAAUUACACAAGAUUUGCAAAAAUGCAAAUCAUAAAAGCCAUCACUCAAAAUGUAGGUCCUCGGAUGGGCUUGGUCUUGGUUCUGGCUGUCGGCUUUAUUUGCGCGGUUCGAGCCUACGAUCCAAAGGUCUGUGAGCGCCAGCAGAAUGUUCCGUACACGCGACUGGCUUACAGGAGUCGACAGGAGCCGUAUCAGAAGCAUUCGUUCUGGAUCGGCUCGGAGACCAAGUAUCGUACAGUAUAUGGAUGGGUAGAAGAAGUAGACUAUAAAAUUGAAACAAAAAGGUUCUGCUGCAACGGCUACGAGGGAUCCAUCUUCAACUGUAUGCCCGUUUGCUCUAAAGGCUGCUCUGGAAAUAGUUACUGCACCGCUCCGAAUGAAUGUGGCUGCAAGGUUGGCUAUGGCGGAGCCAAUUGUGAUCCCAUUUGUUCCAGAUGCGGCAAGAACGAGUAUUGUCUGAUGCCGGAUCGCUGUGCCUGCAAAGAGGGAUACCAGAAGGUCCACAACGAUGGCGAAUGCCUGCCCGUAUGCCCAGAGCUCUGUGUGAAUAACAACUUCUGCGCCGAGCCGGGAAUUUGCGAGUGCAAACUCGGAUAUGCCAAGUCGCAGAUCGACUCCUCGUGUCAGCCCGUCUGUUCGUCCAAAUGCGGACCCAACUCGUUCUGCCAGGAGCCGAACGUCUGCGUUUGCGAAAAGGGCUAUCAGGCGGACGGGGAGGGUAGGUGCCUUCCCAUAUGUGAGGUUGAUUGUGGUGAUAACAGUCAGUGCGUGAGACCCGGAGUGUGCGAGUGCGAGGCGAGCUAUGCCGGCGAAGGGAAAAACUGUCUGCCCGUUUGCUCCAAGGUCUGUCCCGAUCAUAGUAGUUGCCUGACACCCUCCGUCUGCAUCUGCGAUCCAGGCUACACCAUGAAGGGAGACCGGUGCGAGCCGCACUGUCCCAAAAAGUGUUCGGACUAUGCCCAAUGCACAGCCCCCAAUGUGUGCGAGUGCUACCCCGGCUAUGUGGCCACCGGGGAAGACGGCAAGUGCGAGCCAAAGUGCAGCCAAGGCUGUGCCAACGGCUUCUGCUUCUCGCCGGAGGUUUGUGUCUGCAGCAUAGGCUACCUGAUGGGCCCCAACAAGACCUGCGAGCCCCAGUGCAGCCUCAACUGCGUGCACGGAGAGUGCACCCACCCAGAGACGUGCUCCUGCGAAUCUGGCUACCGUUUCCAAGGGAACUCGCAGCAUAUUUGUGAGGCGGUCUGCGAGAAGGGCUGUGAGCACGGGGACUGCGUGGCCCCAGAGAUCUGUCUCUGCCACGAGGGCUACCAGCCGCUGCCCAACGAUUCUGGCAGCUUCGUGUGUCAACCCGUCUGUCAGACAAACUGUGUGAACUCUACGUGCACUGGACCGGAUCAUUGUAGCUGCCUGGAGGGUUACGUGCACCUCUCCUUAUCCACUUGCGUUCCCCACUGCAGCAAGGGCUGCAAGUUCGGCGACUGCCUGGAGCCAGAGGUGUGUGCAUGCCAGCCUGGCUAUGAGCAGACAGAUAUGGGAUGUACUCUUCAGACGCUUCAGACGCUUCAGACUACCUCCACCUCCACGUCAUUUUCCGACUCUACAUCUACUUCUGCCUCCACACCCACUGACACCACAGAAGAUUCUACGUCCAUCGAUAUGGUCUCACAAUUGCCAGACACGAACUGUUCUCAGGAAUGCCUCUGCUGGAAUGAGUUCGACGAGCUGGGUCCCCUAAACAACGCCAAAUGUGUCAACGUUUGUGUGGAUGAUCAUGACAAGCCCUGCCUGGAGCUGCGUGAGUGCCUCUGCGAUCCCUCGAGUGGCCAACUAGUGUGUGGGGGAAGUGGGGAUUACAGCUCCGAGGUAGUGCGCUACAUAUGCAAGGCCGCCAAACCCAAGGCAACCUCAAAUCAAGGGAAGAAUGAUGCAGCCAAGGCCGAGCCCAGCCAAACCCACAAAAAUAGAUCGGAGUCAUCCAACUGGCACUCCGUAGUGGGGUGGUGCAUCGCUGUCGUCGUUUUUGUGGCCAUCGUAGCUACAGCCGUUAAAUUCUAUCCAAAAUAUGGCAAAAAACAUUCUUACGAAGUCAAUGAAGCCCUUUGUGAGAAUUCUCUAUAGAAUAUUGAAGUUGUCUUAUUUAAACUACAUAAGUACACAUACAUAUAAAUACAUAUCUAUCUUCUAUCUAUGUUUAUAAAAAUGUUGUGUUCGUUUCUCCACACAAUAGAGUCAGGCCGAGAGUCAUGCACAGCGACCGGAGCUCUGAAAAUCGCGAUUUAAAUAUUGUUGUAUAAAGAAGGUCUUUCCAUGGCUGUCAAAUGUUAGUAUUUUUUUCGAUCCAGAGUCCCUGUUUGGCUACGCAGCCAAAUAGUGGAAUUAAAUACAUAGAAUAUAUCCAGUGGUGCAGCAGUAGAGUAAAUCCUCAUUAUAGUUCGUUGUUUGCACUGCCCACUGUACUAAAAAACAUAUGUACACAUUUAUGCAUGAGGCCGUUCUCUCGCGUCUUCAUCUCGCACCUUUCUUUCUAGCCUUUCGCUAUCACUUUCUCGAUCUGUUGCUCUCUCGCUCGCAUUAGGACACGGGCAAUACUGCCCGCCUGCCCUUUGAUUUCGUCUUGCACUCACUUCUUGCACAUCGUCUUGGAAUCGAGCUAUGCAAUCCGACACUGUCUUGUACCGACCCCCGCGUUUACAAUCUGACCCCGUCUUCACUAUCCAACCGACUCGCCGUGCUCUUCGACUCUGUAUCGCCUUAUAUACUG